AUGAUCGAACUCUUCUCGGAAUGUGGACCCCUCGAGGGCGCCACGGUUCACUACGAUCGGAACGGAGUGUCUUUGGGGACGGCUGACGUGAUAUUCGGGCGACGGGUCGACGCAGUGAAAGCGAUGAAACAGUUCAACGGGAUCCGUCUCGAUGGUCGACCGAUGAAUAUACAGCUAGCAGGUCCGGUGGUCACACCAACGAGGACGGUGAAUGCAGCAUUAUCGCAUGUAGAGCGACCACGGGAGAGACUGCCACAACGUCGUGGGCAUGAUUCUAACAUGCGGGCGGUAUCGCCGAAGGUGCGGAGCCAGCAAACACACCGAGAUUUUCGGGAUCGAAGUUUUGACAGGACGAGAGCCAACGGCCAGAAUCGUCGCGAGCAUCAAAGACCAGGGGCUAAUCAAAAUCGUCGUGUGAGUGGUGGAAACAGCGGUCGUCGACGCUGA